AUACAUAAUUAUAUGCAUAGUUAUAAUGACGUAAUCCUGUAAACCAGUCAUGCGAAUCAGUCAAUAAACAUGGCGCUCGACCACUUCAACAUGGUGUCAGAACGUUGAGGAUUUUCUCGCCGAAAUCAUCACGUUUUUCCAGAAAUAUUCAAGUCAAUCAAUUAGUAGUUUGCCAUGGAUAAGCUGCGAGGCUUACCGAUGCCGUCCAUGGACUGGACAGCCGGAAAUCUGCCAGAAACGUUUCGUAAAUUCAAGCGAAACUGCGAAAGCGUGUUCGCCGGACCGUUGAAUGACCAACAAGAAGAGGUCAAAGUCCACUACCUCAAAAUAUUCCUUGGUGAUCAAGGACAGGACAUCAUUGAAGGAUUCAACUUUUCAACAGACGAAAGCAAGAAGCUAGAAAACUACUGGUCAAAACUUCAAUYAUACGUCAAACCGAAGUCAAACUUUCGAGUAGCCAGAGCUCAACUUCGAGAACUUAAACAAAUGCCAGACGAAACAGUGGACAGUUUCAUGACCAGAGCCAGAAUACUCGUCGACGAUUGCGAGUAUAAAGACAAGGAAGAACAACUCAUCGAUGCACUCAUCUUUGGAGUUCUAUCAAAUGAUCUUCGAAGGAAAUUACUUACCAAAGAUAGCACUCUUAAACUCAUCGACGCCAUGAAGAUCGCACGUGCUGAGGAAGCUACACAAAAACAUGUCAACGCGCUUCAAGAAACCAAAACCAUUAAUUCAAUGAAGUCGACUCCCAAAGCUCAACAUUACUCUCAGAAAUCGUCAUCUACACGUCCUAAACACGAACAAGGAUGUCUAAACUGUGGAUUAUCUCACUCGAAGGAGACCACGUGUCCCGCCAGUAAAGACAACUGCAAUUUCUGUGGAAAGAAGGGACACUGGGAAAAAGUCUGCAUUACUAAGCAAUACCGCCAAAAAGGAACUAGACGUCCACAAGGUACUAGAAAGAAAAUUAAUUCACUUGAUGUUGAUGAAUCAGCUGAAUACUGCACUCUAGAUGAUCAAUCCAUUACAUUUGACACACUUCACUACUCUAGUCUUAUAAAUGAAGAGUUAUUUGCCACUGUCAAAAUUAAAGGAGAAAAGGGUCAAUACAACUUACGCUGCAAAGUUGACACCGGUAUACCUACCAGUGUAAUAUCCAAGAGAAUCUAUUGCCAACUCUACCCUAAUGAAUUUGAUGAAAAUGGAGUUCUUAAACAAGAUACUAAGAUUGUUCCUGCCAAAGUCAAGGUGAAAUCCUAUGGUGGAUCAGAACUCAGACACCUAGAACACUUUACUACUAUGAUAAGCCAUGGGCACGARGCGACUCAAGCCCAAUUUCUUGUGACCGAGACUGAUUAAACCCCAUUACUCGGUCUGCCUUCUCUACGUCAAUUGAACUUGAUUAAAGAGACUUGUCAAGAAACUUGCAGUCAAUGCAACACUCAGCCAGACAUAUGCCAGAUCAAAACACAAAGCAAUGACACAACACAACUGCCUGAAAUGUCAAAGGAAUUUCUCUUAAAGCAAUAC